AUGUUGCUAUUGCGUAUGGAAAAACGCGAUAACACGCGAGAUUCUUCUGAACGCGAUAGGCGAACGUCAACAGGCCUCCGUCCACGUCAAGCUCUAUUAUCAGGGCUAUCUCAUUGGGCUCCAGCAGCAAUGACGAAUGCAAGAGGUCCCAGCUCUUCGGGUUCUGGUUCAGCAAAUACCAGUAAUCAGGGUGUUUUGAUGGUUGGACCCAAUUUCAAGGUUGGCAAAAAGAUAGGAUGUGGUAAUUUUGGUGAAUUACGACUUGGGAAAAAUUUAUACAACAAUGAACAUGUCGCUAUUAAACUUGAGCCAAUGAAAAGUAAAGCUCCGCAACUGCAUUUAGAAUACCGGUUUUAUAAGCUUUUGGGACAAGCUGAAGGAUUACCACAAGUGCACUAUUUCGGACCAUGUGGCAAAUACAAUGCUCUAGUAAUGGAGUUACUUGGCCAUUCGUUGGAAGAUUUGUUUGAUCUCUGUGAACGACAUUUUUCCUUAAAAACAGUCGCGAUGAUUGCUAUGCAACUAAUUCGCCGAAUAGAAUAUGUACAUACAAAGCAUUUGAUAUACCGUGAUGUGAAGCCUGAAAACUUCUUGAUCGGCAGAUAUUCCACCAGAAAACAACACAUCCUUCACAUUAUAGAUUUUGGAUUAGCUAAGGAAUAUAUUGAUUGCGACACAGGAAAACAUAUUGCUUAUCGAGAACACAAAUCAUUGACUGGUACUGCAAGGUAUAUGUCGAUCAAUACCCAUUUGGGUAAGGAGCAGUCUAGGCGUGAUGACUUAGAAGCGUUGGGACACAUGUUUAUGUAUUUUUUGCGAGGAAGUUUACCAUGGCAAGGAUUAAAGGCCGAUACUCUUAAAGAGCGUUAUCAGAAAAUUGGAGAUACGAAGAGGCAAACUGCAGUUGAAGCUUUAUGUGAAGGGUUUCCCGAUGAAUUUGCUCAGUAUCUCCGUUAUGCCAGAAGAUUGGACUUCUUCGAAACACCCGAUUAUGAUUAUUGCUACAGUCUUUUUAAAGCUGUUCUCGAUAGAAUAGGUGCCCAAUAUGAUUAUGAAUUUGACUGGACUCCAAAACUAAACAAUGUGUCUACACCAUCUGGCUCACUUCACACCUCAGAAACUAAAGAUAGCAAAAAAGAUCGUGCCGACGUGCUGAAACCUAACCACCAAUCUACUCAUCCUUUCGGGUCGACUCAGGUAAUAAAUUCUAAUGCUGGUGAGGGUAUCGAAGAAACGGGACGCACAGGAGAGCGUGCUGACGCACAAUCUGGAGAAGUAAAAUGCUGUUGUUUCCGCAGACGUAGGCGGAAGGUCCCUGCUAGUCAAAAUGCCCAGAAGUGA